CCAGGACCAGACAGAACCCUGCAGCAGUGACCAACCUGGAGAAGCCAGCCAGGAGACACCAGGCCCAAGUGUAUCACCAGCAGUUCCAGAGAGAGAUGAGGGUGAUAUAGAUUCAGAGUCAGACUCUGGGGAGGAAGACAGUGAAGCAGAAGGAAAUGGCACUGAACUCCCCCCACCCAGCACAACCUAUUGCACACCAAAAGGACCAGGCACACACUACCCAUGUUAUGCUACAGAAACUUAACUAAUUACAACUUAACUUAUUGAGAUGUCUGCCCAAAAAUACUCUUAAAAUACUUAAUAUAAUUACCUAAUAUUUAUUCCAGACAUCUCAAGAACUAAAGCGGAAGGUCCAGCUCAGCCAUGUCUGUCAAAGUUCCCAAGAACUCAGCAUGGAACAAGAACAAGGGUUUCAACAGCUCUUGGUACAAAGACAAUCCAUGGCUUGAGUACUCUGUAUCUCAAAAUGCCAGUUACUGUUUUGCAUGCAGGCAUUUCUCCCUCCCUAGUUAUACAGAGUCAUCCUUCACAUCUGAAGCAGGGUUUUUCAACUGGAAAAAAGCCUUGUUUAAGGAUGCUGGGUUUAAAGUUCAUUCAAAAUCAGAGCAGCACAUAAAUGCAAUGUAUGCCUGGACUGAGUACAAAAGGGUCAAUGAGUGUAACAGAUCUAUUCUUGAUGCCUUAAAUGAGGGUAGGAAACAGAAAGUUGAAGAAAAUAAAAAAUACAUUAAAACAGUUGCUGAGGUGUUACUAUUAACAGCAACUCAAAAUAUUGCACAAAGGGGUCACAGGGAGUCUGAUGACUCUGACAAUAAAGGCAAUUUUUUAGCCAUUUUGAAUGAAAUUGCAAAGCAUGACCCCUCUGUGCAGAGAAGGUUAGAUGCACAUGGCAAUGCAAAGUAUACUAGCCACCAAAUCCAAAAUGAGAUUCUGCAGGGAUUGGCUGAAAUGGUUCAAAAAGAAAUCAUAGCUGAAGUUAAACAAAGCGAGGUGUUCAGUGUGUUGGCAGAUGAGACUAGAGAUUUACAAAAGAAAGAACAAAUAUCUUUAGUAGUUCGUUACUAUUACAGUGGUGCCAUACAUGAAAGCUUCCUUCACUUUCAGUCGGCAGAAAGCUUGGAUGCUGAGGGUCUGACCAAAAUGAUAGUGGGGUGUCUGGAGAAGCAUGGUCUGGACUACAGAAACAGGGUUAUGACGGUGCCUCUGUGGUGAGUGGGAAGCAUUCAGGUGUUGCUGCACGCAUUAAAAACGAUGCCAAGUUUGCAUUUUAUGUACACUGUAACGCACACUGUUUGAAUCUCGUUCUUGUUGAUGUGGUAAAGUCAGUGCCUGAAGCUGAAGACUUUUUUUCUCUUCUUCAGAAUAUUUAUAAAUUUGUAACUGGUUCUGCUGUUCACACCAAGUGGCUUGCUGUCCAAAAAGAGCUGCAUCCACAAGAGAAACCUAGGGAGCUCCAGAGACUAAUAGAUGCUAGGUGGGCAUGUAUCUACAUGGCAUGUCGCAAUGUGAGAGACAGGCUUCCAGCGGUUUUGAGGCUUCUGCAAGAUAUUUCCCUUGAAAAUAACAGUGGGGAUAGAAAAGUGGAAGCAAAGGGUCUUUUGGCUCAGAUUGAUUUUCAGUUUAUAGCACUUUUAGUUAUUUUUUGUAAAGUGCUCGGGGAUAUCACAAUCCUGUCUGACAUGCUUCAAUCUAGCAAUCUUGAUUUAUCAAAAGCCGUAGAUUUAGUCGGCUCCCUGACAGACACAUUGAAAAGCUACAGAAGUGAAGCUUGCUUUGGUGAACUACUGAGGGACACUCAGGAACUAGUAGAACGCUGCAAAAUAAGCACCCUGCCACUCAGCAAGAGACAGCCUAAGGCCAGUUCCAGGUUUUUGGACUCACUGGUAAUGACUACUGUAGGACAGAGGCACAGUGACCAAAGUAAUGAGGAUUUUAACAGAGGUGUCUUUUAUCAGAUACUUGACUGUCUCACAGCUGAGCUUGAGAGGCGUUUUUCACAGAAGAAUUGUGAGAUAAUGCUAGGGGUUCAGUCUCUAGUCCCAAAAAGCCCAUUAUUCUUGAAAGAGGAAACACUGUAUGCUUUUGGACAGACAUUUGAGUCAGAUCUAGAAGAUCUUAAACAUGAGGUUCACCAAACCAGACGGCUUCUUCUGAGGAGAGAAAACGGUGGGUUAGAGAGACCCUCUACUUUACUUGACCUUGUUGUGUUCCUGGAACCUUAUAAAGAGUUUUUUCAUGAGCUGUUUAGACUUUGUAAGAUUUCAGUUGUUAUCCCAGUCAGUACUGCGUCCUGUGAGCGAAGUUUUUCUGCUCUAAAACUGAUCAAAAACCACCUUAGAACAACUAUGGCUGAUGACAGGUUAAGUCAUCUUGGCAUUCUCAGUGUUGAGUCAAGGAGGGCACAUACCCUCAACAUGGAUGACUUUGUAAAACAUUUUGCUUCUUCCCACCAAAAUCGGAGAAUUAUGCUCUCUUGA